UCUUUCCUUCAAAAUUAUGAAAUGGAAAUAAGGAUUCAAUUUGAGAGCCCGACGUUUUUGGUUUUUUUCAAUUUUCUACAAUUUUUUUAAUUAAAUUUAGUGGUUGAAUGGCAAAAACCGGACGAGCGGCUCGAUCGGCUCGAACGGCUAACCGUCUCGGCCGCUCGCCAACCGCUACAUAAAACCGGAGCGGCUUUUAGACUGUUCCGAGCCGAUUUUGUGGCCGGGUGGUGGUUUUACCGGUCGGGCCGAGCGGCUCGGCUCGGCUUUAAUAACACUGGUUCAAUCGUUACCGACACCCUUUGUAUUCGAGUAUUCGUCAAGUGCAAUAUACUAAGGUGCAAAUUCAAUCGUCGCGACAUUUUCAUUUAUGCUUCAAGUUUUGUUGGAAGAAUGUUGCAAUUUUAGUGAAUUCUAAGAAUACACUAAAAUGGGGGAGGAAUGUUGGAAAUUUUGUUGAACCGGACUAACCAAGUCAAACCGGUCUUUGGGUUGGACCGAUCAACCGGUUUGGAAUUAGACCGACCAAACCAAUAUUCUAAUUUCAUGAAGGGACACAUCCCUUUGGGCUAGUGGAGGUUGCAUUAUUUUAUGGAUAAGGACAACAUUAUGGAUAAAGGCAACCCUUCAUAUGGAUAAAUGCAACUUUUCAUAUGGAUGAAACAAAGCAUGGGUUCGACCCCUAUAAAUAUAUGGGUGGGGUGGAUGGUGCCACAUACCAUCAAACAUAUUCUUCUUCUUUCUUCCAAAAAUUUCUAAGUAUGCUUUAGUGUUCUUGAGCCUAGAACCUAAAGUGGUUAUAGUUUUACCUUCGGGAGAAAUUUCCUGUAACCCAAGGCUUUGUAGAGGGUGAAAAUAUUCUUUUCGGAAAGUGAACUUUGUUCACGACUCUAUCACAAUCCUGGUCAUCCGGUCUCGGGCUAUCAUACGUGUAGCCUCGUUUCUAAAAAGUCCCAACACAAACACCAAUAGUACUCUUACUAUCAUCAACAAAAACUUCUUAUUGAUAUUGUGCCAAAGAUCAUUGAUCAUCUGAUAUCUUUUUCAAUCGCCAAAGUGGUCCGAUGAAAGGCACCAAAAGCUUGCAGUCUCUAUGUUGACUGAGAUCUAAUUUUGAGUAUGUACUCCGCUAGCUGCUGUAUUUAUUCAAUUAUAGUUGCUCAUUUUUUGUUUUUAAAUAUGAUUCCAUCCCAAGUAGGAAUAGAUAUUUAUGUUUGCCGUUGAUAUCAUAUGUGCAGUUAAAGUAAUCAAAGGGGUUGACCAAGAGUACUGUUCGGCCGUUUCGAAAUGAUGGAAUUUCAUCCAAAGGGUUGUUAUUUUUUGGAUGCAUAAUUUCUAAUAAUUAUAGGAUAUUUUCAUUUGAGCUAUUUUAUUUUCAUCAAGUCCUUGGUAUAUUAUUAAUAUAUGUCGUCUAGUUGUAAAUAAUAAUUUUCUAUUCGUGUUGACAUUUUUAUCAAGUACAGAAGAUGUCGAAAUCGGAGCGCUCAACUAGUACGAUAUUGUCUGCUUUGGGCAAAGCCCGCACGGUUUUACUAUUUGGUGUCCUCCCCAAAAGGCCGACUCAUACUAAUUGGGCUAGGCGGACAUUUAUAUACAAGGAUUCAUUCCCUUGUAUUACCGAUGUGGUACUUGGAUUGUCCAAUAACAAUCCUCCACUCAAGACAAAGACCACGAACUUCGUGUCCUCACCUCAGCGAUUAUCUUGAUCCGCCAGACACCUUGUAUCGAUGAGCUUCUCGGUACAAGGAUUUUCCCAGACGCGGAACUCUCUUUGAUCCGCCAAACCAGAUGUAGCCCAAAUGUGGAUCUCUCGUGGAUCCACCAAACCAGACACAGAUCUCAAAUCCCGAGGCCACCAAAUGAGGGUCCCAUCAAACUGAUGUCAACCGACCCGGAUGUAGCCCAAACGUGGAUAAUAGGGGGACUCAUACCUAAGUAAGCCUUCUUAAUCUGAAUACAACCGUUACUUACUUUCUGUUUGCUUUCACUUUUGAUAAUCUUCACUCAACUUUUACUGUUAGAUAAUAGAAAUUCACAGAGUAGACAGUACACCUAAGACUCAGGUUGGCAAGUAAAACUGAACCACUAUACCACUAUUCUUCAUUUCUGAACUGCGAUUAUACUUAAUUGUAAUUUGGUGUUGUGUUUUAGCCAUAGACCAGGAAACCGGAUCGUACCGGCCGGUUCAACCGGAAAUUGGACCAAAAGCGGUACGGUGGGCUGAUUGUGUUGAUUUUACCGUGCCGGCCAGUUUUUUCGGUUUGACCGGUUGAACCGGCCGGUACGAUCCGGUUUCCUGGUCUAUGAUUCAACUUCAUUUCUCCGUAUUCUCGUCCAAUAUGUGGAAAAUAAUUAAAAAAGAAUAUUUAUUUUGCUAUUUUUCUAUGUUGAAAAUGGGUCACCGUGGUUGUAUAAUGCUCUAUAUGGUUCUUUUUUUGAUGGAUUAUAUUUUUUAUACUAUCGCAUUUCAUUUCUCUAUCAAUAGUGAAAAACGGUAUUUACCGGUACAAAACGGUUGAACCACGGUCGUACCACAAAAUACCAAACCAGAAAAGAAUCCGGUAUGAUGUCCGGUACGGUUUCCUUUACCAUGGUUUUAGCGAGUCAAAACUACUAUAACAAAACCCACAAAUAAUCUCUUCCCUCCAAAUAUACAGUAGUGGUUUUACCUGCUGGACAUGGACAUGGACCAGCUUAAAGGAAAGCCCAUAAUGUUACUGCAAUACGUGGAGGAUAAUGGCAGGUAGAAGAUGCGCUUGAAUGAAGGUGGCGGCCAAGAAGGGAAUUCUGUGGGAUGCCUUGGAUCAAAAGGAUACCAUUUAUUUAGCCUAGAACUAGAAGGAAGGAAGAUCCAGUAAAAUCAUUUGUGGAGAAGGAUUGUUAAUUUUUAGAUUUAUCUUUAUUUCUUAAGUGUUAAUUGUCUUUCUUUCUUAGUUUUUGGUUUAUGUUUUAAAGCCUAUUUAAAGGAUAGAUUUUUCAUUGUACUGCAUCAUCAAAUUUUAUAUUAAUCAAUACAGUUUUCUCAUGUUCAACAAUUGAAUGUUUUGUGAAAGCUUUAUGUCAAGGAGCCUAGGAGGUUUCGCGUAUCUCUUAUCAACUAGAAAGUACAUUUAGUUGAGCCGAGCUUCUACCAAAUAGCGAUUGUCCUCAUUCACAAGUUGGAGAUUGUUUGAUUGGUUUAAUAUACCAAUUGGCCCUUC